AUGGAAAGGAAUAUAUACUAUAACAAUAAUAACAAUAAUACUCCCAACAUUAAUGCUAACAAUAACAACAAUAACAAUAACAACAACAACAACAAUAGCAGCGAUAGAGAUGGGAAAUUACUUCCUAAUCAAGGGAUUUCAGAUCCGCAAGGUCAAAAAAAUCUCCAGCUUAAUAACCAGUUUAGUUACCUUUCUUUCCUUGAAAACACAACUGAUUUUAAUAGCGAUUUAAGCAAUGAUGCGAGCCAAAUAAAUAAUAAUUCGUUAAACAAUGUAAAUGAUAUUCAUAAUAAUAACCCUCAUUUUUCAUGGAAUAAUAAUUCUACCCCAUCCUUAUCGACAGUAUUUCAUAGUAACACACCGGUAGCUUCGCUGGAACAAUUAUUGUCUGAACGCAACUCCAUUUCUGCUCUGACAGCGGGCUCAGGUGGCUCGGCUGUAUCUACACCAACAGGUCAUACAAUGCGAAUGAGUAAUGUCGAUAGUACCGGUUCUAACAAAAUUGAAGAUAUUAACAAUAGAGAUCUAUCCUCUAUUUCCAACACGCCUAUUCUUCCAUUUUCGGUAUCACCAUCUGUUUCUGUCAACAACAAUAACAGUGUGAGUAACACAACCACUAAUUCUACUCCUAACUCGUCCUCGAUUGCUACUGAAAUUGCUUCUCCGUCACCACAACAGGAAAAAUCUCACAAUAAUCAGUUGUCUGAUAUGGCCAUUGAGAGCAUCAGGAGACAGAAAAAUCAGAAUAGUCAAAUUCAUUUGGAUCCAAUCCCAGAUUUUAAGGAUAGGAAAGACAUUAAGCCUUGGUUACAAAAAAUAUUUUAUCCUUUGGGUAUUGAAAUUGUAAUUGAAAGAAGCGAUUCAGGAAAAGUUAUAUUUAAAUGUAAAGCAUCUAAAAGGAAGGAUAUCGAAGAGCAUAAAAAGUUGCAUAAUAUUUCUGAUUAUAUUAACGGUGACACAAACACUAAUAAAGCUGGUUUUGACUGUGAAAGCGAGCCUGUGUGCAACGGUGGCAGCACCCGUAAUGCCCAUCAAAAAAAAAAGAAAAGAGUAGUUAGUCCAUAUAAUGUAUGUCCAUUUAGAAUUAGAACCUCUUUUAGUGUGCGAAGAAAAAAAUGGAGUAUUGUUGUAGUAAAUAACUCACAUUCACACCCACUAAAAUUUAAUUCUGAUAGUGAUGAUUAUAAAAAAUUCAAGUUAUAUUUAAAGGAGAGUGAAGAUUGGGAGGCGGUGAAAAAAUUUGAUGAAUUGGAAUAUAGAUCCAAGUUCAAUUUACCUAUCCAAUUGAACACAAUUCCAUGUGAAUGUGGGUUAACUGAAGAAGUGUCAAGUUUUGAUAUAGUUUUGCCUGCUACCUUGGCAAACAGUAUGAAAACAUUUAGUUCGUUACGUAAAGUUCAUAAUAGUAAUAAUAAUGACAGUAAUAUUCAUGCAAAUAUCAACGGGCAUAUAAGUAAUAUCAAUGCAAUACAAAAUGCAGAUGAACAAAAGAGUGAUAAAUCUGUUAAUAAGAAGAAACAAAGGAAGCAACAAAGGAAGAAAACUAGGAUUAACAAGAAACAAUUGACUAAACAGUUAUUGAGUAAAAAUGAUAAUUGUAACAAUGUUAACGUUGCUAACAACACAAUUGAUGAUUAUUAUAAUUCUUAUAGCUCAAAUAACGAAAUUGAUUUUACAGAAUUAUUUCUUAAAAGCCAUUUCCGUACACACUCUAAACUACUAAAUAAUGCUGACACUGAUACUACUACCAUCACCAAUACUAAUAGUAGCAUUAAUAAGAAUACGGAUAUUAAUACAAUAUUAGCUGAAAAUGGAAUACCUCAUCUUAAACAGCAGGUUAGUUCAUAUCCACAUACUGUUGAUCAUCUUUCCUUUGGUGAAGCGUAUGAUAAUAACAGCAACACUGAACAUUUGAAAGAACUUGUAGAUAGCCAGAAUAGUAAUAGUAUUAAUAAUUCUAUUAUUAACAAUAAUGAUAAUAACAAUAUCAGUAACGAUAAUAACGAUAGCAAUAACAGUAACAAUAAUCAUAAUGUAGGUGAUGUUUUAAUUAAUGGGUUAAAUGAAAUGAAGAUUUUGGAUGAUGAUAAACUGUUAACAUUUGAAUCGACCAAUAUUCAGAGCAACUCUAUGAUAGAUACGAAACAAACAAAUAUUUCCGAAUUUUUCAGCACUAAGCUUAGCACAUCUAAUAACCCAGAUAACAUAGGAAUAAAUACCAAUCAUAACAUUGAUGCUCUUGAUCGAAAUCAACAGCUGCACGAACAAGAGUAUAAUAUAAACAAUGAAGUAUUAAAUGCGAGCCAUUCUAUGCUGCAGGCUUUUUCAACUUCCGUUUUACCUGCUGCCCCUGCAUCAGUAAGUAAUGAUAAUAACAUUAAUACCAACACUAAAAACACCACUAGGGAUAAUAAUGAAAACGAUUCAAUUUUACAAGAUAAAAAUGAAAACUAUUUACAUUUAGGGUUUUUGUAG